GGCCUCUUAACAACUUCUACCUCUUGUUAGAGAAAUAAGCAAGGGGAACACCAAAAUAUGGGGGACAAAGUGAAGGCUGAAGAAGUGAAAGCAAAAACCGAAGAAGUAACUACUGCCGUUUAUAAGCUCAACCUUCAUUGCCCAGAAUGUGCACAUGCCGUUGAGAAGACAGUAGUAAGAACCUCGGGUGUUCAAAAGGUUGAUACUGAUGUUGAGAGCGGGAAAGUCACUGUGAAGGGGAAUUUUGAUGUUAAGAAGAUACAAGAACUAAUAGCAAAAAAAAGCAGGAAGAAGGUGGAGUUGAUAUCACCCAAGCCUAAAGAGAAAGAAGAGAAAAAAGAAGAGAAGAUCGAGAAGAAAGAAGUAGUUGCAAAGACCACAGUUAUAAAGGUUCAUAUGCACUGCGAGAAGUGUGAACAAGAUCUGAAGUGGAAACUACUAAAACUUAAAGGUAUACAUAGUGUUAAGAUGAAUCGAGAUGCUGAGAUAUGCACCAUUGUUGGCACUGUGGAAGAGAAAAAAUUGGUCGAGUACAUACGCAAGAAAUUGCGAAAGCAUGGAGAGAUUGUACCUCAGAAGAAAGAGGAGAAAAAAGAGGAGAAGAAAGGGGAGGUUAAGGAGAGCAAAGAAGUAAAAGUGGCUGAGGUCGUGGAGAAGAAAGUGACUGAGAUGUCGGAGAAGAAAGAGGAGGUGAAGACCAAAGAGAUUGUUGUGCCUUACUUCAUCCAUUGCACUCAUGCACCUGAAUGGUUCAGUGAUGAAAACCCAAAUGCUUGCUUUGUAAUGUAAUUAUGAGAAUGAAAAUUGUGUGUUGGUAUGUGUAUCUUACACUUAGAUUUGAUGUCGAAAAAUUGUGUUUGUAUGUGUAUAUUACAUACACUUAAUUUUGAUGUCGACUGAUUUACUUA